AUGGAAGAAAAAAAUGAAGGGGUAAUAAAAAUCGGGGCAUAUAAAAAUUUAAUAAGUGGGUCAGUUUUACAUUGUUUAGAAACAGGAACUUUAGGGUUACCUUUAGAAGUAUGGAAAACACGAAUGUGUAUUUAUCGAAAUGAAAAUACAAUUACUUCAUUUAUAAAUAUUUACAAUAAAGGGAUUGGACAAUUUUAUGGGGGGUUUUAUGCUAAAUUGGUAGAAAGUAGCACUAAAGGUGCAGUAUUAUUAUUAUCAAAAGAAAAGAUAAUCAAAGUCUUAAACGAUUUAAACGUUAACAAUACUAUUAGUGGAUUUGUAGGUGGGGCAUGUGGAGGUAUAUGUCAAUCGUUAGUUAUGACCCCUUGCACAUUUUUUAUAACAGCAAGUAUUGAUAAGAAUAUUAAUUAUAAAGAAAAAUUAAUAUAUAUUUUUAAACAUUCUGGAAUUUCAACAUUAUAUAAAGGAAACUCUGCUAUGUGCUUAAGACAAGGAACGAACUGGGCUAGUAGACAAGGUAUAACCGAAUGGGUGCGAAAUAUAUAUAUUAGUAGAAAACAAAAAAAAAACGAAAAAGAAUAUGAUAAUGGGAAAAUACCAGAUAAUAUUAAAAUUUGUGAUAUAUCAAAUCCAAAUAAAUUUAAUCAAGAUAAAAAAAAUAAUAAUGAAUUAAAAACAAGUGAAGAAAUUAUUUGUGGUAUUAUAGGUGGGUCAUUAUCAGUAUGGAAUAACCCUUUUGAUGUUAUUCGAGUUUACAUGCAAAAUAAUGCAAAUAAAAAUAUUAAUUUAAAUUUUACUCAAUCAUUUAUAAAUUUAUAUAAAGAAGGUGGAAUAUUAUAUUUAUACAAAGGUGUCAUACCCCGUUGUUUUCUUUGUAUUUGGCAAACAUUAUUUAUGGUAACUGGAAUUAAGAUAUUAAAUAACUAUUUUUAG